AUUCAUGAAAACAUUGAUAUAUUCUGAAAUCACUCUUUAAAAAAGCUGAUGUUUUGGAGGUUUCCAACUUCCCAGAAUAUUUUUUAGCCCACUACUCUUUUACUCUACUCCCCACCAUCUCUCUCUCUCUCUCUCAAUCUCUCUCUCUCUCCUGUAGCAUAUUUUGAAAUUAACAGGGAGCGUAGCAAGCACCUAAACACUAUUCCACUACUCUUCAUCAACGCUACAUUGCCACCGGCUCAAAUCUGAUUUACUCAAAGGAGCUCUGAGAUUCUUAACUGCAGAUUAAACUUAGCUAUACAUUCUAUUAUGGAUCGACGGAGUUGGCCCUGGAAAAAGAAAUCUUCUGAUAAAGCAGCUACCGAGAAAGUUAUUGCUACAUUAGAAUCUGCGGGUGCCCCUUCAAUUCUAGCUGGAUCUCAUGAUAGCAGCAAAAAUCCCAAGUAUGUCCAGAUUUCUGUAGACACAUAUGCACAUCUAACUGGGUUGGAGGAUCAAGUAAAGUCAUAUGAGGAUAAAGUGAAGAAAUAUGAGGAUAAAGUGAAGAAAUAUGAAGAUCAAUUGACUAUAUACAAGGAUAGAGUGAAGGAAUAUGAUGAACAAAUGACUUCAUAUGAUGAUAAAGUGAAAGAAUUAGAAGAUGUGGUAGAGGAACUGAAUGAAAAGCUAUCUACCGCAAAUUUAGAGAUGGUGACUAAGGAAAGCCUUGUAAAAAAGCAUGCCAAAGUUGCCGAAGAAGCUGUGUCAGGUUGGGAGAAAGCCGAGGCAGAAGCAUUGACACUGAAAAAUAAUCUAGAAUCAGUUGCACUAUUAAAGCUUACUGCUGAAGAUCGAGCCUCGCAGUUAGAUUGUGCUGUGAAAGAGUGUAUGCGGCAAAUUAGAAAUUUGAAAGAGGAACACGAGGAGACACUUCAUGAAGUUGCCAUGAAAACAAAACAGUUUGACAUGAUAAGGCUUGAGCUUGAAACACAGUUAGGUAACUUAGAACAGGAACUUCUUAAAUCUGCUUCUGACAAUGCCACAAUUUCGAGGUCUUUGCAAGAGCGCUCUAACAUGCUGAUCAAGAUCACCGAAGAUAAAUCUCAAGCUGAUGCGGAGAUUAAGCUGUUGAAGAAUAAUAUUGACUCUUGCAGCAGGGAAAUAAGUUCACUCAAAUAUGAGCUACAUGUUGUUGCGAAAGAGUUAGAAAUCCGUAAUGAGGAAAAAAACAUGAGUGUUAGAUCUGCUGAAGUUGCAAACAAACAAAAUUUAGAAGGGUUGAAGAAGAUAGCUAAGCUAGAAGCAGACUGUCAACGUUUGCGUGGUCUUGUCCAGAAGAAGUUGCCUGGACCAGCUGCAGUAGCUCAAAUGAAACUAGAAGUUGAGAGAAUGGACAGCGAUUAUGGAGAAAGUCGUCUAAGGAGGUCUCCUGCAAAGCCUUCUACCAGUCCAUCCAUGAACCCGUUCACUGAUUUUACACAUGAUAAUGUCCAAAAUUACCGUAAAGAAAAUGAGUUACUCACAGAACGCCUUUUGGCAAUGGAAGAGGAAACAAAGAUGCUGAAGGAAGCUUUGGCCAAGCGAAAUAGUGAAUUGCAAGCUUCCCGGAGUGUUUGUGCCAAGACAGUCACCAAACUUCGAAGUCUGGAAGCACAACUGCAAGCAAAUAAUCAGCGAAGAAAUACAUCAAAUCUUAAUGGUCAGAUCCCGGCUGAAGGGUCCUUCAGUCUUAAUGCAAGCAACCCACCCAGCAUGACAUCCAUGUCUGAUGAUGGAAAUGAGAAUCAAGCAUUAUGUGCUGGGUCUCGUGCGAUCUCUGAGGUCUGCAAUCUUCACAAAGGAAAGAACAUUGACAGUCCAAGAAAAGGUGAAAAUUCAGAUCAGCUCGAACUUAUGGAUGACUUUCUAGAGAUGGAAAAGUUGGCACAUUCAUCUAAAAAAUCGAACGAAACAAUGGCCAGUUUUGAUUUGGAUGCCAGAAACUUUGAAAUUGUGAACCAUGAUCUGUCAGAGGCCACUUCCACCAGGGGUUUACAACUUCAAGAUCAACAAGGGUCAGAGUCUUUAGGAAUUGAAAGAUCAAAUAUAAGGGAUCUGUCACCUUGUAUGAAACUCCAGUCAAGGAUUUCGAUGAUAUUUGAGUGUGCAUCCAAGGAUACUGAUCUAGAAAAACUUUUGGAGGACAUCAGGAAUGAAGUACAGAACAUGCAGGCAAGUUUGCGACAAAACUCUGCAAGUUCUUUCAUCGAAGAACCAUACUAUACUAAUACUGUAACUGACCAUCAAGUUUUUUAUCCAAUUAGUGAAGAACUGGCAGCUGCUUUAUCUCAAAUUUAUGAAUUUGUAUUGCUGCUUGGAAAAGAGGGGAAAGCUAUACAGGGCACAUCCCAGGAAGGAAAUGAAUUGACCAAAAUAUUGGAGGAAUUCUCUGCUGCUUUUAAUCAAGUUAUAAACAACAGAGGAAGCUUGAAUAAUUAUAUUCUUUGCCUUUCUCAAGUAUUCAGUAAAGCAAACUAUAUUCAUUUUGAUGCCCUGGGUUAUAAAUGUAUUGAAACUGAACCCAGUACUUCAGAUUGCAUAGACAAAGUUGCUUUGCCUGAGAACAAGGCAGUGACGAACUACACAGACAGUUGUGCUCAUUUUUCUGAUUCAACAUCUGAUCCUGACAUUCCCCAUGAUGUUCCUUUUGUUCCAACCUCUGAAUUGAAAACUGCAUCAUGGAAUUGCUCAUUGGAGGACUUUAGGUUACUGAAAUCAGAAAAAGAUAACUUGGUGACAGAUCUUGCUAGAUCGACUAAAAAUCUAGAAAUCACUAUGUCUCGGUUGCAAGAAACUGAAGAACUUCUGGCUGAAGUUAAAUCACAACUGACAGCUGCUCAAAACAUGAAUGGUCUAGCCGAGACGCAGCUAAAAUGUAUGGCUGAAUCAUACAGAUCGCUUGAAAAGCAUGCAGACGAGUUACAAAUUAAGGUAGACUGUCUGGAGGCAAAAGUAGAGAGUCUGAAUAGUGAACUUCGAGAGGAGAGGAAGAAUCUUGCGGAUUCUUUUGCCAGAUGUAUUGUUCUCCAAGAAGACUUAAAAAGGGUUGAGAACUUCCCAGUAGGUCGAGUAGAUACCAGAAGCAGCCAGGAGACAGAGUUAGUGGCUGCUGCUGAGAAGCUAGCAGAGUGUCAAGAAACCAUUUUUCUUUUGGGCAAGCACUUGGAUUCGAUGCGCCCUCAGAUGGAAUUUGUGGGGUCUCCAACCCUGGAGGGGACUCGAAGGAAGGAUGAAAUAUUCCCUGAAGAUAAACUAACAUCUAGUAGUAUGCUUUUGCAGAAUGUUGACACAUCUGUCCGUGCUAACUUUGCCACUAAGCGUCGUGUAGGGAGUGACUCGGAUAUAUUUAGCACGCCAAUUUAUCCAUCAGAUUCUGAUGCAAGCAAUCUAUCAAGAUCACCAGUCAGUACAAAGCAUCAACCAAAACACCGGCCAACUAAGUCAGGCUCUUCGUCUUCCACUUUGGAACCAGAGAAACACCGAGGUGUCAGCAGAUUCUUUUCUACAAAAACAAAAAGUGAAAACUAGGCCUCAUUUGCUGCGUGUAUGGAAAUUUAUUGGUUGUAAUAUUUUGAGAUAAUUUCACUAAGAAUCAGAUGACUGUAUGCCCUGUACAUAUUGCUUUCCCAAAUGAAAAACUUGCUCCAUUUUAUUCUC